AUGAAAGAAGCCGUCGUCGACAAAAAUGUGACCGUCCACAUUCGGGAUGUGGAAAUUCCCACCCCCAAACCAGGCCAGGUCCUCAUUCGGGUGGUCGUUUCUGGCACAAACCCCAAAGAUUGGAAAUUGCCGAAAUGGCAGCAAGACAACGUCAUGAACCAAGGCGACGAUAUUGCAGGAUACGUUGCUGAAGUCGGCGAGGACGUCCAAAAGUUCCGCAAGGGCGACAAGGUCGCGGCAUUCCAUGAGAUGAUGAGCCCACACGGCAGUUAUGCCGAAUAUGCCAUUGCAUGGGAGCAUACAACUUUCCAUUUGAGCGAGAAGACCAGCUUCGAGGGCAAGUCCCAUUCAGACCCCAUUAUUGAAGAGUUGAAAUUGCCUGUUCCGUGGAGUCCGGCGGACAAGCCUACACCGUUAGUCGUGUACGGUGGGGCGACAGCAGUCGGUGCCUUCGCGAUCAAGUUCGCCCAGCUAUCGAACAUCCAUCCGAUCAUCGCGGUGGCAGGGAAAGGCGCAUCAUUUGUUGAAACACUCAUUAGCAAAGACAAGGGCGACACGAUCAUCGACUACCGCGAGGGCGAUCAGGCCGUGCGCUCUAAGAUCAAAGCCGCUGCUAAUGUAUCUAUCCACCAUGCAUACGAUGCGGUCUCAGAGAAGGGAAGCUAUCUGAACCUUGGCGCGGCGCUGGAAGCCCCAGGUCGCAUCACCGUUGUUCUGCCUGGUGGAGAGUAUCAAACCCCCGAUGGGAUCUCGAUCCACCGCACCAUGGUCGGGUCAGUGCAUAUGCCGCCUCCCGAAGGCCAGAAGCUGGGUGAUAAGGAGUUUGGAGCUGCCUUCUUCCAAUUCAUCGGACGGGGAUUGGCGCAGGGUUGGUUCUCGGGACACCCGACCGAAGUGAGGAAGGGCGGACUGGGUGGUCUUGAGGGUGCUUUGAAAGACUUGGAGGCUGGAAAAGCAUCUGCAGUGAAGUAUGUAGUGCGCAUUGCAGACACAGAUGGUGCUCAGUAG